GUGGUGGUGGGUGAUAGAGUCUACAAAACAAUACAAAAAAUGGUGUCGUCCAGAUCCUAUCUGUGCUAUCUGUGACUUUGUUGAGCUUAACAAUGUUCUUUUCAGAGGUAUUGUGUACUGUCUUGAGCCGCAUGGGUUUAAAUUGUAAACGCUAGACACAACACAGGCAACCUUUUGUACGGGUUGACCAUUGACAUUGUAUGUCUAUAAAUUAAAAAACUCUAAUGACUUUUUUUUAAAUUGUUGAAUCUCCACCCCACCGAUCCUGACACUGCACAGCACACACUGCAUAGGAUUCCACUUGUUCUUCAUGGUUCUUCCUACUCCUGACCUGAGUCCUCGCCCUAGGAAAACUAAAGACUAAAGUUCUGGCUACAAAGUGAAGUUUGGUCGUCUGCUCGGUAAUCCCUGACAAGGAAUUCGAUCUGUACUUCGACCCAAGCCAAAGCAGUUGAAUCAGCCAUUUCUCUCAAUCUACAUACAUACACCAACACUAACAGGAAAAUUGCUUUGGAGCUAUGUACCCAGUGUAACUGAAGGGAGAAAGACUUGCAAUGGCUAACAGAUAUGAUCCCAACGGGGGUGACCCCUGCUCAGUCUUCUUCAAUGGAUUCGCUAACGACGUCAAACCAUCUGUUGUCAGUGCGUAUUUCCACGAGAAGGGUCACCCUAACCGAAUCCUCUACCAACGUAUUCAACCACAGCAGUUUCGGUUAUAUUUGGCACUGAAGUUUGAAAACCCUGAAUCUGCGAAGGAAGUCUGUGAAAAGUUUAACAAAAAGAUAAUUUUUGGCUACAAGAUUUUGCUCUCUUUCUUCAAGAAGACCUUUUUGAGGCGGAACUACUCGUCAUAUCCCUUUAUGCAGGAUCGACUUCGGAAGAUGCGAGCUCAGGCUGCCAGGAGGCCAUUCUGCUUCAAGAAAAGGUUCAACAGCCACCUCUCCCCAGCCCGGAACUUCAGGUCUCGAUCAAGACGACGAAGUCGCUCCUCCUCAAGCAACUCGGACAGAAGCAUCAGUCCGAAGAGAAAGCGAAGAACAAGAAGCAGAGAGAAAGUCAGCAGUAAACGAAGAGACCGUUCCCAUUCACGCUCUCGAUCAUCCAGAUCCUCAAGGUCUUCGUCAAGAUCUCGGACGCCCAACAGAUUCUCUCUCAGCCCAAGCAGUUCUAAAAGAUCAAACUCAAGUGUCGACCGCUUCAGCGAUAAAACAAGUUAUUCAAACAAACGAAAAGUACAAUCUAAAGUAUCCAUUGUGGACUCCAAAAAGUACAGCAAGAAAAGAUCCAGGUCUAUGUCUGAAACUGAGAAUUCCCCUACGAAAGGGAAACUAGUGUCCCCAUCACCUCAUAAGGAACGAUUCUUGAGUAACUUUUCUCCUGUAUCCUGUACAAGUGACGAUGACGCCAUGUUAGCAGCAAGUACGUCACCUAAACCAGCCCUCUGUCUAAGGACAAUGACAGCUAAGCAUGCCACUGUGUCUAUUCACCCUGAGCUGAAGGUGCAGAUGGAUGUAAGCAAUCACACUGCAAACUUAUUCUCCCCUAAGUCUAGUUCUCAUAGUAAGAGGGAAGAUUGGGAUGCCUCUGAAGGUGACUCGACACCCCUGGAAGGAACCCCUUCACCAAGGGGCCCAGGACUGGGACCAUUAUCCCAGCUGUCCCCUAAACCGAGCUACAGCGUCUAUGGUAAAGUGGGUACCUUCAAGGAAAUUAAAACAAUGGAUCGCCCGUGGCAACUCAAACCCCUCACUAUAAGAGAUGAGGGUUCAACAAGCCAGGUACCAACUCAGGUCGAAAUGCAAUCCUUCACUAUUUCCGUAGCAAACACCAAUGCCCCGUUUGACGGCAGCAACAACACGCAGGCGGGAAACCGCAUUGUCGUCCAGAACAAUCGGACAGAGACGCCUUAUAGUGUCCCUGCAAGUUGUGGGGCCGUGGGCAACGGACAACAACAAACCCUGACAUCACCAACGAGACCGCAAUCUCAUCCUAGCAGCCAUGAUGGGGGCUGGUCACCAAGUACUAGUCAACGGAUACAGAGUCCAACUGCAUCAUCAACUAUAAAAGUUAACGGCUUGAAGAAGCCAGGGCAGCCUGACUUCAACCAAGACAGGCUGGAGAGGCUGAAGACAAAGAAGGAGGAGAUAAUCAAGGCAUACAAGCAAGACUGUGACACGUUUGCCACUGUAGUCAGAAUGUUGAUCAGGAAAGAUGCCGGACUGGAACAACGUCUGCAACAAGCUCUCAGAGAAAACCUGACGGAGAUCGGUCAACGUUGCGUACAAGAACUACAGGAUGUUGUGGAUCAAAUGAAAGACUAGAGAAGAUGUUUCUACAAGACGUUCAUGUUGUUGCAGCCAUUCGUUCGCUGUAUCAGGAGUGGUACUUGUAUCUCAUUAGAUCAGGACUAAUUCUCACUGAUAAAGGGGCAAAUAUUUGUGGCAGAAGAAGCUGCCAUUGACGUUACUAGUGCAAAUGGUCAAUAAACAAAUCCAAAACCUUGUUUUCAUCCAAAAUCCUCCAAAGUAAAACUAGCCGGGACAUAAAGCUGUAGGUCCUGUGUGUUGUGUAAUGAAUGUACAAGAACCCAGUACACUUAUCAUUAUUGCAAGAAGGGGUUUGGCUGCACAACAUCAUCUUGUCACAAGGGGCUACAUUGGAUGCAAAUAAAUUGGUCUUAUAAAAUCAAGCAUAGCUUUAUAUACCUGUUAAGCAAAAUCAUGAACGCUUAGAAAAAACAAUCUUCUAUUGUUAUAGAAGGUUCUAGUACUACAGUCCUCAGUCUAACCAAAUCAAACAAAUCAUGCUGUUGCAGUUGAUUGGUGUGGAGUGUUUUGCGAUCAUUCUCUCUGAAAUUCAAGUGUGAACUGUGUUAUAGCAAAAGUUGAUAAAAUUAUGAACAAAAACAUCUUCAUUACACUUUUUUUUCUCAGUGGACCUGUUUGAAUUGUCUGUACACAAGUCAUAACCAGGCUUUGGGAUUUAUUUGUAAAUAUUUGAUGUCUUAUUGCCCAUAGGACAGACACUAUUGAUCAUUGUCAAAGACCAGUCUUCUCACUUGGUGUAUCUCAACAUAUGCAUAAAACUGCUAAACCUGUGAAAAUUUC